AUGACGCCUGAGAAAGUCAUCAGGUUUAUGCGAGCAAGCCACCCUCUGCAGCUGAUCUGCCACAAGACCCUGCCGUGCGCACAGGUCAUGCAGUUCACUUCGAUGCAGGCCAUCAUAGAGGCCGUGGCCAACGCGAAGAGGAUCCACAUAAUCGAUCUCUCAAUCAAGCACGGGCUCGAAUGGACCAUCCUAAUGCAGGCUCUCGCGACGUGCCCCGUCGAGUCGUUAAAGCUCAGCGCGGUGGGGCCAGCGGAGGAAGCGGUCGUCCCGACGGGAAAGAGGCUGUCUAGCUUCGCGGAGAAUCUAGGCGUACCCUUCGAGUUCAGAGCCGUGGUCGUGCCAGACCUGAAGGAUCUGAAGGAAACCAUGUUCGAGUUGAGCGAAGGGGAGGCCGUCGGGAUCCACUCUCAGAUGGAUAUGAACGCGAUGAUAGCGAGGCCGGAGAGCUUGGAGAACGUGAUGAGGGUCAUCGGGAGGAUCAGGCCCCGCGUAAUGACGGUGGUCGACGUGGAAGCCAAGCAUAACUCGCCGUCGUUCAUCGGCCGCUUCACCGAAGCCCUGUUCUACUUCAGCGCUUGGUUCGACUGCUUCGACAGCGUGAUGGCGAGGGGCGACGAGAACAGGAUGGAGCUGGAGGGGAGCUUCUUUUCGCAGGGGAUUAGGAGCAUAAUCGCGGCGGAGGGGGAGGAGAGGGUGGUGAGGCAAGUAGGGGUGAGCGUGUGGAGGGAGUUCUUCAAGAGGUUUGGGCUUGUGGAGGUCCAAGUGAGCGAGUAUUCUCUGUACCAGGCUAAGCUCGUGCUCGACCGGUUCGAGUGCGGGGGGUCCUGCACGCUGGUGAAGGACGGGAAAUCUUUGCUCGUUGGGUGGAAGGGAACCCCCCUGCACUUUGUUUCCGCCUGGAGAUUUCAGAGGGGGAGGGGGGCAUGA